AUGAAGAAUCCUCGAGAGCUGAAGAACCUGUGAGUCCCUUGGCUGCUUGGUGCUCCAGUUGGGGGGUCUGUGAGGAGGCCAAGGAGGCGGCUGGAAGUGUGUGGUUGGGGAGGGUUCUCCUUUGGGCAGAGAGAGUGAGGCGUUUCUGCCACAGCAGAGAGUAUGUAGCUUUGCUUUUGCUUCCCUUCCAGCUCCUGGUCUGCUUCCACCCCACCUCCUUCUGCACCUCCCCCAUUUCAGGCAGCUUUGGAGGAAGGGGAAGGAAAUGCUUCCCCCCCCCCAAUGCUGAGCAAACAGGAGGAGCCCUGGCGCAGGUGCCCCAGAUUCAGGGCAGGUACCUAAGCCUGAGGGUCCAUGAGGUCUCUCUGAAGCACAGGUGGGCUUCAGAGGCGCUUCACUGGAGGCACCUGUUUCUUGGGAAUGAUGUCAGGGCCGGGUUGCAGAGAGGAGAGAGUGAACAGCCUCACCCUGCCCCAUAUUCCUACCUGUCUUGGGAAAUUUCCUCCCAUUGCUGAGGAUGAAAAUUCCUCUAGUGUCAUUUUCUAAGGUGAGGGCAGAGAGCCCCAUGGAAGAGCCUCACCACCCCCACCCCCACACAGCACCAUCUGCCCUCUUGCCAGCCCCCCUGACAUGGCAAGGACUCUACUAUGGCUUCAGGAGCCCCACUGCCAGGAACACUCUCCACUCCACCUGCCUGCGACUGGCCUGCCUCCAUCCUGUGCUCCAUCCUGCUGAGGCCAGGGACAUUUGGCCAUUGCCUCUCCUGAGGUGGCACUGCCUUCGUGGGCCCAGACAGGCAUGGAGGUACGGAAGUGUUGCUGCAGCAAAAACUGGCCACUGCAACGGAGACUUUGGGUUUCGUGGGGUGGCGGCUUCCUGGCCAGCUGCGCUCCGACUGACUUUGCUCAUUUGUUGCAGAACCAUUUCAAGGACGCAGCUGCAGUUCAUUGCACCAGACACCUUCAGAGGCAGCCUGAACCUGACGCAUGUGUAAGUACCUGGCUCCUCAGCCACAAGCACUUCCCAAGUCCACACCUUUGCAUUGCCCAGUGCAGGGCAGACUGUGCCUUUUCGUGGGGAGGACAGGACUGCUUGGGCUCCUCUGCCCUGGGCCUCCAUUUCCCCCUCAGGCUGCAAAGGAGCAGCCACCACCAAACUCUUGGGGUUGUUUCUGGGAAUUUCAGCCACCUACCUUGUGAUUCCCCUUCCACUCCCAAUUUCCUUGCUUGGAAUGUCAGUUGGGGUGGGGCCAUGCGAGCUCCUGUUCUUCAGGCUCAGUACUGGAGACUUGCUUAGCAAGUUGUUCUUUUUUGGGAUUGUGGUGACAUGGAUGGAGGCAGCAGGAAACUGCUGGGCAGAUGAACUUUGCUAUGGUGGAAGUGAAGAAGGGAAGGCAGCCCAUCGCCAGGGCUCCCCUCUCAAGAACCUGACUGUCUUCUGCUCCCACUCAGGGUCUCCAGUCGUAUCUCCUCCCCCUCCUGUGAGGCUUGCAGGAAGCCCCUCCCUCAAAUGCAAACCUCUCUCCCCUCUCCAGCACCUUCCGAGGCGCUUCUUUGCCCCAGUAGAGAUGGAGGGCAGGUUGAUCAGGGGAAAGUCACCAAAAGUGGGCCCCUGGCCCCUGAGGGCCCUUUGCCCCAUGUGGCCUCCCAGUCUGGUUUGGGCAAAUGCUUGACAGGCAGGCUGAGCCAUGGCCAGUCAACAGGCAGGGUGGACCCUGGCUAUAGCCAGUUUGCCAAAGCAGGUGUCAGCUCUGUCUUUGUGGUGAGGGGCUGCCCCACAUAUAAGGGAUGCAGUGGGACAAAGUGUGGCCACCCCACCCCUCAUCCAAGAACAGCCCCCUCCCCAAACAAGCUGUUUCUCUCCCACAGACCAUGGACAUGGAGUGGAUGGAGACCCCAGCCUCCUCCUCCCUGACUGCCCCCACCUCCAGCUUCCCUCUCCCUGCCCUCCCCGGCAUGUUCGUUGCAUCCCUGGGCUGGGAGGACACUGUUUAUCAUAGUUAGUGUUAAUGUCCCUGUACAACACGGGGAUAUUGAUUUGCUCCCAUGCAGCUCAUGGCCAGCGGCUGGCAGCCCAGCCCACCCCACCCCCCAACUUCCUGCCCAGAUCCUCUAUGGGGCUCAGAGGAACAUUGUUGGCCCUGGGAGAUCAGCUGGGGUGGGAGGGGGGCUGAAACUGGCUUCCUGCUCUUUGGGCUUUCCUUGUUAAGAUCCUGGCUGAAAUGAUGGCCAUCAGCCAGGAGGGCUUUAGCAGGGGACUGGACAAAUUCAUAGAGAAGAAAAAGCUCCCUAGGGCUACUAGUCACAAUGGCCAUGCUCUGCCUCCACAGUCAGAGGCAGCAAAUGCUUCUGGAACCCGCAGAGGGGAGUGUUUGUGUUGCAGUCGGGUCCUGCUUGGAGGCUUCUGGCUGGCCACUGUGAGGACAGGAGGCUGGAUUAGAUGGGCUCCCUUGGCCUGAUCCAGUAGGGAGCCUGCAAGGCUCUAAAGAGAGGGGGGCGUUGCUCCCAGGCAUCCAAGGUUCAGCCCGGGCCUGUUUCCCAGGUUCUCUCAGCAACACAAUCACUGCAGCAGAGAGAGAGCUGGCCUGCAGUUAACAAUUCUUCUGGUGGCGGUACCUGGGGCAGUUUCAGCCAGGAGACCCUGCACCUGUUUAACUUCUGUCUGUCGUACACUAGCAGAGACAGGCAGAGGCCCAUCCCAAGGCAAACAAGGCUUCUCUUUCUCUCUGUCCCUGUGCAGGAACCUGGCCUACAACCAGCUGCGCUUCCUGUCCUGGAGGCUCUUCCACCACCUCCAUCUCCAGGAGCUGUAAGUCUCCUCCCAUUGGCCCCUUCUGGACUGGGCAUUUGGGAGAGCUGUGGUGCUUCAGGGCCAAACCCCUUUCCCACAUGCAGUGCCCUCCUGCUGGUGCUACUGAGGUUUUGGGGUCUUUUUCAAGGGGGAAGAGGGGGCAGCUCUGCUGAUUUGUUCAUAGGAAGCAUCAGGAGGGAAGCGAGAGACUGUGCUCUGGUGCUUUGCAAGCAUCCUGACCUCAAGGUUUCAAGGGCUUAAACACCCUUGUGGCCACUUGAAUCAUGUUGCUGGAGAGAAACUGAGGCAACCUCCCCUGGUAGUCACUGUGGUCAGUGGUGGCUGGGUGGCCAGCUGAAAAGAUGCAAUGUUGGGUGGACUCCUGCUCCUUUGGUGGAAAGGAGAAUUUCAGCUGGUGUAAAAUGCCUGACAAACUCCUUUUUUGCAGGGGAUUGCAGUUCCUUCCAAAUUUACAAUUCUAUGAUUCCUACACCUGCAGAAGGAAGUGCCCUCCCUCCUGCUGCUCCCACCCCAUCCAUGUCUCUGCAUGGGCUGCAGCUGUGAAUCUCUCCAGGCCAAGUCAUCCGCCAGCUCCCUCCUGGUGGUGCCCUUGCUUUCUUCUGGCUUCAUUAAUUUGGAAUAAUGACCCCAAGUUCUGUCCUGUCCCAAGACACAGUUCUAAAGAUCCACUUCAUGUUAAGAGGAGAGGGGAGAGGAAGCUGACUUUUGUCCUCCUAUUUCUGGCUAGGAUAAAACAGCUCUUGCAACAGGGCCAGGGGGCACUCAUGCCAUGUUUUUAAACCACCCCAGAGGGCUAGAAACUGGUGGGGUCUUUUUGUUUUUUAAUGAGGAAAUGGAUGCUCUUGGGAUGGCCACACCUCCUCUUCAAAGUUUUCUGCAGGGUUUGGUAGAGCUUGUCAUUCAGAGUUUGGGGCCACUGCCUGAGUCUGAACUGCCCGUGACCUCCCCCCUUUCUUCCCCCCCACCCACAGGGUGCUGAUCGGGAACCCUCUCCAGUGCACCUGCCGCCUCCGGUGGCUGCAGGUGUGGCAGGAGAGCAGGCAGGCCGAGUCCUUGGGCAACCAGUCCCUUCACUGUGUGGCAGAGGGCGAGAAGGUGAUCCCUGUGGCUAACAUGACCAUUGCAGGCUGUGGUGAGUGAGUAAGGAGCUGUGUGGGGCCUCUCUGCCAUCUCCCAUGGCCCCUGUUUUGUGCCACAUCUGGGGGCCCAUCUGAGCCACCAGGCAGCUUCCUCCCUGGGGCAGGAUGUUGCUGGCCAGAGCCUGCCUUCAGCCACCUCUGCUCUGUCCCUUCUCUUGGGGCAGAAUUCCCGAGGGUCUGGAUUGAGUACAACCAGGAGCCCUUGGGAGAGGGAGAGAGCGUCACCCUGACCUGCAACUUCACUGGAGAGCCACGGCCAGAUGUGCGCUGGUUGCUGCCGAACGUCUGGAUGGACCUUCCUCCCCGCAUCACCCAGGCAAGUACCAACCUAGUUGGGCAAGUGGCCUUGUCCCCAGAGGCCACCAUGUGCCAGGGAGGAGAACAGGAAUUGGGGCUAAACAGGCAAAGUCCAGUCCAUGACUGACUGACCUCCUCUAGGAAGCUGAUUAUCCCUCAGUUACUCCAAGCUUUAUAGCAGGGCUUGGAGGGCGGAUACUGGGGGGGGGGGGCUGUAGUGUGUGACCAGCCUUUCUCCAUCCAACUUCAUUGGUUCAGCCACAUGUUCAAUGUGAGCAUCUCAUCUGUCCAUGCAGAAGUCUGAGUCUGAACUCCAGCUGCAGAUCUGGAACGUCUCCUCUGACUUCAACCUCCAGAAUAUCACCUGCCAGGCAGAGAAUGAAGCUGGACUUGCAGAGGAUGUGGCCCAGCUGAAUGUGACGUGUAAGAGAGUUCAUCUGUCUCCUGCAGCCUUCUUGGUCUUUUCCCUCUGGGAGGGGCCUCCCUCCCAGGCUGAGUGGGUGUCCGGCACCAGCUGCCCUUCCAGGGGAGGGGGCUGGUGGCUCUAGGGCCAUUUCUAGCGUGCAUCCAGCCAGCCUGGAGAAGGGCCUGCUGGUCUGAGGGCCCCUUUGAGACUCAAAGGGCUAUUUCUGGCUGCUGGGGUCUGAUAGAGAAUCGGCUCCUAGGGCAGGGUACGUGUGGCUACCUUGAAACAUGCAGCAGAAUGAGGUGCCGCUCUUUUUUCCAGGCUAAGUCUUGGAGGGGAGUGACUUUUUAAAAUGUUCCCCUACAUGAAAAGCUCUUUGCAAUAGGAGAAAGCAGACAUAAGAAUGAUAUGGGGCUCUUGCAGGGAGCUUCAUGCAAAUGAGAGGUCAAAAUAAAUAAAUGAUAUGGCCUGGGACACACACACACACACACACACACAGUGUAACAAUACUUAAAAAAAAAAAAAAUCAAGAACGAAACAGAAAUACAAAACAUAAAAUGUCACUGGGCUGAUCCCAUAAUUCUGGCUUAACUCUUCAUCCAGCAGUUAGAUCUGGGUUUAAGGGGCUUCCAGGUGGGAGGGAUCCUGCUCAUACAGACACAAAAAUAUUGCCAGCAUCCAAAGUUCUCUCCCCCUCCAUCCUCAUUCAAUCCAAUAUGUGCUGUUGCUGUGGCUUCCAAUCCCCACGCACGAGGCCUGGUUGACCCAUUUGCAAUAUUAAGCCCCUGCCUGGAAGCCCCUCCCCCCGGGGUCCCAGGAGAGGAGAUGGGCACAGUGGCUGCUCCCACCUCAAAGGCUCUGGCUCCCCCCCCCCGCUGUCUCCCCAGUUCCUGCCGUGAUUGUUGAGGUGGGCUCCGUCCUGCGGCAGUUCCACAAGAAGUGCAUCCCCUUCAUUGUGAACGGCAACCCCACGCCCCACAUCUGGUGGCAGCUGGACGGCGAAGCCCUGCAUGAGAAUGAUUUCAUGCGCACCGACUUCUUCGCCGAGAAGAACACCACAAAGGUCCAUGGGUGCCUGAACUUCGACAACCCCACGCACGUCUCCAACGGCAACUACACACUGCUGGUGCGCAACGAGCUGGGCAACGACUCCUGCACCACCUACCAGCACUUCAUGGACCCCCCUGGGGUGGGCAUUCGUCCAGAGGAUCCCAUUCCUGGUACGGGGCUCUCUCCUGUGAGGUGACCGCAAAGCUUGCCUUAAAACCAGAGGAGGAGGUGGAAGGGCCUGCGGUGCUGCUGAAGUCGGCUCCUGGCUUUGGAGAAAAGAUCCCUCUUUUGGUCUGGAUGGGGGAAAUGGGGCAGGAACACCCAUGGCGGGCAUGGGGCUCAGCCACACCAGCUCCCUCACUCCUCAACUGUGCUUGUGGGUCACCAAGGGGUGGGGUGUCUGCAACUGUGGCCUCCAGAGGCUAACUGAGGUCUCCCUCCUCUUAUUUCUUUUUACUGCUGCCUUAGUCUCCCUAUCACCAGUGGGUAAGUAUUUGGGAAGAAUGUGCAGGUCCCUUUGCAACAGGGCUGGGGGGAGAAGGGGGCCACAGAACACCCUAGAUGGGGGUGGGGGGAGGACACCGACCUCAGCAUGAGAAAUGAGCCACUGAGCUGCAGCUUUGGAGUUCAGGAGCGGCAAAACUGUCUUUGUGCCUUGUCUCGUCCAUCUUAGCCAGGGGGCAUCUGUGCCAGGAGAGGCAGACCCCAAGGAGGCCCCUGAUAGAUGUGGGGCCAUCUGGGUUGCAUCCUGGAGGCUUCCAUGUGAAGUCUGAGCGAACGGCGUAACCUCCCUCUCCUGCUUCUUCUUUUGCCCCCAGGAAAAGGUGACAUGAACAGCACUGAGCGUGGAGGGCCAGUGGAGACUCCUGAGGAGCACACCAUUGGGGUGAGGCCUGGGGACCAGCUGUGUGGGGCGAGUGAGCACAGGUCUGGGCUUACAUAAGUGAUGGUGGAGCCAUGGCUACAGAGCGGCCCGUCCAGCUUUGCCGGUUGGGCACAUGGAUCUCACCCAGGGCUUCAUAUGAGCCAAGCAGGCCGGGUGGGGAAAUGCGCACCCGAGAACAUUUGAGCUGAUGUUAAAGGAAGGCAUGCCUUUGAGCAUGUGCAAAGUGACAACAAAGCAGGCCACAGGCAGGAGUUCCUGGACACAGGACGGAAAUUGCCCGGCUCUGGUGUGCUGUCAGCUCUGCCUGCUCCUUUGGGCCUUGAGGCCGGACGGCCAUUGAAGGGCUUUUUUGCAGCUCCUCACAUCUGACCCACUGGCAGGGAGAGGGCUGCUCGUGCACCCGGUUUCCUGCACCUGGUUGGCCACUGUGGUUGGAUGGACCCUUUGGCUUUUCUGGGGUACUGAUGGUUCCCUUGUUCCUCCUCCAGAUCUCGGUGGCCGUGGUCCUGGCAGUCUGUGCCUGCCUCUUCCUCUCCAUCAUGCUGAUCAUCCUCAACAAGUGUGGGCAGCACUCCAAGUUCGGAAUUAACCGUAAGCCCCCCUCAGCCCUUCUCCUGCUCGGCCUCUGAGGUGCAGGUGCCUCCCUCCUCUCUACCCCCUUUGCCAGCUGCUAACGGGACCAGGGGUCUUGCUCAGCACCCAAAGGCUUCCAUUGUGCCAAUGGAGCCAGGAGGACAGGGGCAGUUCUCCUUCCUCUGCAUGACCUGCCUGCCUGUGGCACCUGUGGCUGGGUGUCAGGAGGGCUCACAGUGGGGAAGGGACCCAGAGGAAGCUCUAGGGAGCCGUGUUGUAAGCACAGGGCUAGCACCUGCUUUCCUCUGGUGCUUUUGGGAAGCCCAUGAGAAAUGCUUGAAGAGACAGAAGCCCCCUCCCUCCCUCUGCUUAUUGUCCUGCAACUGGAGCUCAAAAGAUAGACUAUCUCUGAAGCUGGAGGUUCCAUUGCGCUAUUGUGGCUAAAUAGAUACUAAUCAGAGCCCUGACCUUUGUUAUACCAACACCUGGUCUUUGGAAGGACAGGGGGAAGCAGGAGCAACCAAAUCCCGGGGCGGGUGGGUGUUCCCCCUCCACUUUCCAUGAGAAGCUGUGCUUCUCCCCACCCCCAACUUUGGCCUCUCUGAGAUUUCAUUGUGGACCUUUCCCAACCACACAGUCUGCAGUGGCUACCUCCACCCUUCCUUGGCCACCUAAAUUAUUGUGCUGCGGGGAGCAAGGGAGCUGCACCCCGCUUGGGGAAUGGAAGGUGGUGGAGGCUGAGCUGGUUCCCUCCAUCUCCUCCCCCAUUUCAUUAGCCUUCCUCUCCCUCCCCCUUCAGGCAGGCAUCAGCUGCUAAUUCACUGCUGGAAUUGAUUCAGGCUGUAAAUGGGUUUGAUCUGCCUGGAUCACCCCCAGGGGGGCAGGAAUGGCAGAAGGGAGGGGUGGGGAGGGGGGGCAGAGAAGCAGACACUUGUUGUUGUGCAGCCAGAUGUCACAGCAGCAGCAGCAGGGGCAGAGCUCAGAGCCCCCGCCCAGUUGGACUGGCUACCUGCCGACCUUGGAUGGCGGAGGCUGGGUGGAUGGGCCUGUGUGUACUGAACUGAGGGUGGGCUGCAAGACCAGCCUCUUCAUUGUGCCCCCACCCCCACCGCAGUGCCCCCAGACGGAGAGGGCUGCAUUCAGAUCACCGGGGUUUGUGUGAGUUUCUGGGUGCUGGUGAAGUGAGCACUGGCUGAAAAAGAUACAGAUCUAAGGGAAAUGUGGCAAAAAUCAAACGGUGUUGGGUGGGUGGAAGGUUCAUCGACAGAAUUCCAGCCUGUAGGGAAAGAUGCUCAGCAAUAAGGCUUCCCAUGAUGAUGGCUGCCUGCUCUGACCUCCAGCCUCACAGAGGGAACAUCUGCUGGUCCCUGGGGCGGGCGUGGGCAGUGUUUGAAAUUAGCCAGGUGCCAGGCGCAUUUUGCAACUGGCAACUGGCCUUUUGUGACGGGUGGAGAUGCCCAGCAUCUUCAGCUGCCUGGUUGCAGUCAGCAGGUCUGCCGGGCACAGCAGCAGCAAAAGACAUAGCAGACCCUCUGAUUCACCUGGCAGCAAAACACAACACAACACAACAACACAACACAUAGUUUUUGCUGCCGCACUGCCAGGUGUUUGGCAGGGUAGAGCAGUAGCAAAAGACACCUAUUUGGCUGCCAUGCUCCUCUGCGGACCCCCCUGAUUCACCCUCAGCAUCUUUAUUUUUUGCUGCAGGGCUGCCUGGUCUGGUAGUGUGGCAGCAAAAAAAGAAAAAAGGCACCUAGACAUUUUGUUUGGAUGCCCACAACUUAGGUCCCACGAGUCACAUGGACCCUAGCAUUCCUACCCCAGUUUCUAACACUGGCCAUGGGGGGCAGUUUACAAGUGGGGAGAGCUGACAGAGAGUCAGAUGCCAGAGAGGCCUGCAGGGUCUUUCUAGGAAGAAAGGCUGGAACUCCAUGGUAGGUCCCGAGCUCAAUCCCUGCUGGCUUCCCUGCUUGCUGUGGGUCAUUGUUGAGAAUGCAGAGCAGGAUGGAGCCCAGUGGCUUCCUAUUGCUCCUUUCUGUGGGGUGGAUCUGGUCCCCUAUCCUGGAAGAGGAGGCUGCCUCUUUGCACAUGCCAUUUGGCUGACUCUUAGGUUGACUCUCCAGGCUUUUCUCUGCCUUUGGAGCCGCCCCCCCAUCCCUGCCAACUCCCCAGCCACCAGCCCUAUAGAUCUCGAGUCACUUUCUCUCCCCACCUCCCCCCACUCCUGCCAGGCUCCUGCAGCCAGGCAUCCUUGCCCUGACGUUGAUGAAGAUGCAUGGGGGGGAAGGCUUGCUGGUUAUGGACCCUCUCACGGUAAUUACUGGAGGCUUAAACGCUCCGGUUACUGCUCCCUUGCCAAUGCCUCCCACUCAGAGCAGCGAAGGGAGGGGGGAGUAGGAGGGGCUCCUGCUCCUUUUGCCGCCUUGCCUUGAGCAUUUCGUGGGCCCGCAGAAGCUGACUACCAUCAGGCUAAAAGCAUCCAGGAGGCCCACCUGCCCAGCAGCCCAGGAGGCAGGGUUUGCAGGGAGCUUCCCUUGUGCCUUGGUCCCUGGCCUAGGGCUGGAGGGCAGAGGGAGAGGCCUCACUGGUUCCCCCAGGGGGAUUUGCUGGGCAAGGUGAGCUCUAUCCCAGCACUGAUUCCACAGGGAAGACAACUUCCUGCCUGACCUCAGUUGUUACUCUAAAAUUUAUUGUGCAACACAUGAACCCCAUCCUCCACAAGGGAAUUUAUGGGCAUGCCAAAAGCUUUUUUUAUUUUGCUUCUUCUGUGGCACUUGGGAUGGUGGGAUAAAACUCUGUGUGCGCAUAGCAUUUUUCAGCACAGGAGACCUUCCUCCCCAGGUAGGCACGCUCAUUGUUUUUCCAGGCAGAGACCUGAGGUUUUGAACACCCCACCCCAUCUGGUCUGCCCUGGGGCGGAAGGUGCCUGUGUCAGAGUCUCAUGGCUUCCAUCUCACAGGGUCAGCUGUGUUGGCGCAAGAGGAUGACCUGGCCAUAUCCCUGCAGUUCAUGAACUGGGGCAGCAGCCCCCUUUCCUCUGCGGAGAGCAAGCUGGACACCCUCAAGACCAACUUCAUCGAGAACCCCCAGUACUUCUGCAAUGCCUGUGAGUGCCUGGAUUGCCCCAUGGAUGCAGCAAUUCUUCUGCGGGGGUGGGGCCUUCAUGUGGGUAUUUCAAUGCAUAGGCAGAUUUUGCUGGAAAGGGGUGGGCCAGUGUGGCAAAGGAGCGUGUCUAGGAUAGGGGAGGGGGCUGCAAUGUAAGCCCAGCGGGAGCUGCGUAUAUACCCCCAAAGUCCCACUGCAAAGGGAUUUAGCCAGUGGAACAAAUAGCAGGGCAUCCUCAUGCCCCCCCACUUGACCCUUUAGAUGGCAGGCAGCCCUGUCUGCUCUGUCAUCCUCUCCUGGGCCAGUAUCUAAGAGCCAGGCCAUGGGGCAGGUUAGCCAAGGUGGGAUCCUCAGGAGCUCUGCAUACCCAUGAGAGUUUCUCUCGCCCUCCCACUUUGGACUCAGAGCUCCCUUUCUCCUCCGCACAGGUGUCCACCACAUCAAGCGCAGGGACAUCGUCCUGAAGUGGGAGCUGGGAGAGGGAGCCUUUGGCAAAGUCUUCCUGGCUGAAUGCUACAACCUCAGCUCUGUUCAGGAGAAGAUGCUGGUGGCUGUCAAGGUGAGCCGAAUGGACCCCUGGCCCCCUCCUUGGAGAGGCAAGGCAGGCGAGGAUGGCAGUUCUCCCUAAAUUCAGGGCAGGUUUUCCAAAGUGUUUGUCCAGUUGCCAUGAACUUCAAGCUGGGGUUCCCACCAGCUAAAUUGUUGAGGCCUGUGCAUCUCUGCCCCGAGAGUGAGAUGGUUGAGUCCCCCACUCCCUCCGGCGCUGUGCCCUUCCUGCCCUUGCGGCAGAGCCUCCUCUUGCUGCUGCUCCUGUAAUGAACCCAGCUCACCUUCCUUCCCCAGACCCUGAAGGAAGCCACAGAGAACGCCCGCCUGGACUUCCAGCGUGAAGCAGAGCUGCUGACAGUCCUGCAGCACGAGCACAUCGUCAAGUUCUACGGGGUCUGCACCGACGGGGAGCCCCUCGUCAUGGUCUUUGAGUACAUGAAGCACGGAGACCUCAACCGCUUCCUCAGGUUGGCUGACUGCAGGGAGGGAACACUGGGCUGGCAAGGCCAGAGGGAGGGGGCCAGACCCUGCUGGACGUGGUGGCAGCUUCUGUGUUCUUGUUUCAUUUUAUAAGAAUAAUUUAUUACUUAUACCCCGUCCAUCUGGCUGGGUUUCCCCAGCCAUUUUGUUUAUAGCACAAGUUUCCAAUGCCCAUCAGCAAUACUUCUUUCUUUCUUUUUGGCAGCAUACAAUUUAGGAACAAAACAAACCCAUAAAAUGUAAGAAGGCAACAUGAGCCCAAACUCAAAGACUGGUUAAAACAACAUUGAAAUGAAGCCACUAGCUCCUGAUGUCUAAAAGCCACUAGGAUGUGUCUUUAAAACCAGGAAGACUGGGAAAUGAGAAAGCUUUUCAUCCGGCAUAAGAAAGACCACAAUGUGGGCCCCUCAUGGUGGGGCAGGGGCAGUCGAUAACUGGCACCACCACUGAGUAGGCGCUCCCUACAGGAGCCCCCUGCCUCCCCUCUUGGGGGCGUGUCUCUGCAGAUGGUCUUAUGGACCAGGCAGGUCUAUGGAAGAAGAGACUGACCCACUUAGACUAGCACCAACAUUUUGAGAUGGGCCCAGAAAUAGGCUGGAAUGCAGUGCAAAUGCCAAAGCACAAGUGCAAUAGGGUGAUAUAUUGGUGCCCUUUUUGAGACCUGGCCAUUUUUCAGCAUCCCGUUGCAGUCCUUCAGCCCACACAGGCCAGAGUGUCCUGGACAUGCCAGCUCUUUCUGCCCCUCUCUCUUGGUUCAGCACAAAAGGAGCCUUAGGCUGAGGGAGGGAGAGAAGCUCCCCAGGCAUGGGCUUUAGAUGCAAGCACACAGGAUCGCAUCCAGCCAAGUCCUGCUCACUGCAGGCCUAGAAAUCAACAGGCUGAAGUUAUCCGCAGCCACUGAUUUCAAUGUGUUUGCUCAGUGUAGGACCCUGGAGGCAACCAGGGCUGGUCCACCCAUGAGAUGAGGGCAGCAGGAUCCACAGCGGCACCAGAUCCCAAUGUGGAUCUUUAUUGCCCCGUUGUUCCUGAUGUAGAUAUUUCCACACUCCUUCUUCCCUGGCAUGGAGGGAGAUUCCACUUGGUGGUUUGCCUCAGGUGCCAAAAUGUCUUGGGCCGUCCCCAGCAGCAACAACCCAGUGUCUCUCUCUUGCACAAGUGCGCACACUCCCUCACAGUCCAGGGUCAAGUGUCCAUGGAUGAGCCAAGAGCUUAGAUAACCCACAGACCCCGCCCCCCAGCUGGUGAGCCAGACGCUUGUGCAACGUCAACAGUUGCCUGAGCUUUGCAGCGGCUGCCCCAAGGAUGCUGGAUGCGCAGUCCAGCUUUCCCACCUUUGCUCCAGGUGUGCCUUGCACAGAGACUGCCACCUGCUUGGUGUGCACCUGGACUGGGCAGAGGUGGCUUUUCCGCCUCCUCCCAGACGCCCCUGCAAAAGAGACUUUCCUUCCCUCUUCCUUUUGUUGUUGUUGUUGUUGCACUGAAAUGUCCCAGCCUGAUCCUCUUCUCAGAGUCACCCCCACCUCCCCGAAUGCCGCCUCCCGCUCCCCCUCCCCCACUCCAUUACUGCAGCAGCGGCUUAGACGUCCCCCUCCCCCAGCUAAUGCAAUCUUCCCUUGCAAUAUUGAUUAGAUUAGCUGUCUGAGAGGCUCAAAUUGAGGGGGAUUGGCCAUCAGCUGGAAUAAGCAGAGUCUCUUUCGAUUGGCCCCCCAGGUAUUGCCAAUAGACAGGAGCUGCCAACGGCCCCGAUUAGCAUCCCCAGGACAGGCUCAGAGACGCACGGAUGGGGUGCUUAUGGUUAUGAGACUUGGCAUUAAUGGCUGCGCUUUACGGGAGACCUGGGCUCCUUGCCGCAGCCACUUCACCUGCCGUUGUCUGCCAGGCUUAGCGUCAAGUGAGGAAAGGGCAAGACCACCUUGGGGCACGGGGAUCAACCCUCUUUAGGAGAACCCUGCCCUCCACCUUCAUGCCUGGCCCCUGGUGGGCUUCCCGGGGGGGGGGGGCUCCUGGCUGGCUAGUGAACAAGAGCUGGGAGAGGGGCCCCUUUUGGUCUGGUCUCCUCCUCUCCAGGGCGACUGUGACCCUCCUGGCACACAGGGGAACCCAUUUGCCACCCUCUUGCCCACCUCCCGUUCUCUCCAGGGUCACCAAGCGCCCAUUUGCACAGGCAGCAGGUGCAGUCACACGCUGGAGAGUAAGGCGCUUAACGGAAAUGCUGGCAACUUCACCUGACGGCCUUUGGUCACUUCAGACAUGUAGCCCACAAGCCAGGAAACUAAACUGAGGUUCACUUUUAGUGCUGUACAACCAAAUCUGCAAUGAGGAAUGAACUGUGUGCAUGCCCCAUGUCCAAGCAGCCACUAAGGUUCUACCCAGUGUGGGUGUGGGUGUGAUCCACUGCCUUGGCAUUUGACCCUCCUUCCCUGCAGGUCCCACGGACCUGAUGCCAAGAUCCUGGACAAUGGGAACGGACAGUCCUUUGGCCAGCUGAACCUUGGCCAGAUGCUGCAGGUGGCCACUCAGAUCGCCUCUGGGAUGGUCUACUUGGCCUCCCUGCACUUUGUCCACCGGGACCUGGCAACGCGGAACUGCCUGGUGGGCCACAACCUGGUGGUGAAGAUUGGGGACUUUGGCAUGUCCAGGGACAUCUACAGCACCGACUACUACCGGGUAAGUGCGGAAGGGAGACGGUCUCUGAGGGCCAGGCACCCUCCCUCUGCAGCCUUUGCCGGAGUCUCCUCUGCCCGGCAGGGGCCUUUCCAUUCCAGAUCCUGCCGCUGUGUCUUCCUCCUCCUCUGACUUGCAUCCUUGGCUUCCACUCUGCCAAUCCCUCCCUUCCACCCCUCUUCUCUUAGGAGGCCCCUGCAGAGAGGCUGUUUCUCUGCCUGAGGUCUCCCCAGCAGCAGCAGCAACAGCAGCCUCAGUGGGGUCCUGGCUCAUCCACUCUGGUGAAGAUAGUGAAGGCCAGAGCUCGCCAGCAGGAAACACACACACACGGUUUUCUUCCUGGCUGGCUCAAGUUGGUCCCCUCCUGCGGGGCUCCCAGGGGCUCCUGACCACUUUUCCCUCAAGGGCUCUGAAGGGAUUCACCUCCCUGACAGGCCGGGAGUCCAAAGGGGCCACUCCCAAUUAUCUUUUUCCCUUUUAGCUUCUGCCCUGGACCCCUAUUCAUUUUUAAUGGGGCCUACAAUGGAAAAAAACCUUGGAGCACUUAGCCGGUGGAAAGAUGGGAGGCCUGGCAGGCAGGGAGGGGAGCUGCCAUUAAACGGUUAAUUAAAAGCGGGGUGGAGUGGGGGGAGAAGAGCAGUUGUGGGGAAAGUCUGAGCAGGAAGCAGACUGGAAAGUUCCUGGCUUCCCAAUGCCUGGAGAAGCCGAGUAGCAAAGGCUUCCCCUUAAGUGCUCUUACAGGAACUCUCCGAAGUCGGGACUGAGUGUUUGAGACGGGACCUCUCCGCAAAGGCCGGGCCCAGUACGGACUCCUGGCUGCAGGGGAGGGAGGGUUCUCCACCAUCCAUUUGCAUGGAAGUGGGGAGGCUCUUCCAGCAGGCGAGGUCCAUGGUGGACCUAGGAGGGGAUCUCUCUCCUUUGGCUAUCCAGAAAGAGCUGCCUGCCUGGAAGUAGCCAGCCCAACGGUUCAGCAGAGUGAGACAACUACCUAGCUCAAGCAGCUGGCUCUGGCAACCCCUCCUUGGCUGCUGCUCCUCUGUAGCCCCCCACCCCAGCCAUUGCCUUCUGCGGAUGGGGGCUACGUGUGCCUCACAGCCUGCCCUGCCCCAUCUCCCACAAGCUAGACGGCUGCCUCAGGCACAGCGGAAGAUGCUGCGCUGCUACGUUCCUGGAGAUCAGUCUCACCUGCCUGUCCAGCCAAUUUCUGGAUGCAGAAUAGGGGAGGGGGUGGCCAUCUUGUCCUUUGCUCAGGUAGCCCAGUGGCUUGGCCUGGCCCUUCAAGAGAGCUGACAGUUGGCAUUGCUCACAAACUGCACCUGGCGGAUGAUGGCCUGCCUGCUUUCUGCUCCAGACUUUUGCUAAGAUACAACGGAUUGGAUGGGGUGGGGGGGCUCACUUGUGCCUUCCUCACAGUCUCAGUUCCUCCUCUUUGUCCUCAUCAUCCCCCUUUCAUUUUCUCCCUCCUGCUGACCCUCUGCCCAUUUUGCCUCCUGCACAGGUUGGGGGCCGGACAAUGCUGCCCAUCCGCUGGAUGCCCCCAGAGAGCAUCCUGUACCGGAAAUUCACAACAGAGAGUGACAUCUGGAGCUUCGGGGUGGUCCUCUGGGAGAUUUUCACCUAUGGGAAGCAGCCCUGGUACCAACUCUCCAACACGGAGGUAAAGGGUGGGGCGGAGGAAGAGUCAUGCAGGCAGAGAGAGCCGUGUGUGUGUGUGUGUGUGUGUGUGUGUGUGUGUGUGUGUGUAGAGCUUGCAUCAUCUUUUCAAAGAUGCUUUUCAAGGACAGAGGUGUUGGAUGGAUUUAGAUGAGUAGGAGAGGAUAUUUUAUUUAGUAAUUAUCCUCCCUUACUUGUGUGCAAAUGCAAAUAUCUAUUUCAGCAGAGUUAAAAAUCACCAUCUGUAUGUAGCUUAUCUCUAGAAGCUAUUAGAACAAGGUUGCAUAACCUUCUAGAACAAUUAUGAUAUCCAAGCAUGCUUUUGGCAGACUUGGAUUAUCUUCUCUCUGUUUUAUGUUUCCCUUUUAACAAAGAAAUCACUCCCAGAUGGUUUAGCAAACAAGAAAAAUACAAAGUUUACUCACAUCAAAUGCCAGGAUUCAACAGAUACAGUGAUAAAAAUUAGGCAGACAAUAAUCCUUGAAUUCAUAGUCCAGUUCAAAAGGAAGAUUGGUGUCUGGAGGAGAGCAAAAUGCAGUUAGGAAAAAGUGUACAGUAUAGGGAACCAUGGUCUUUUCCCCACCAGCAGCUUUGCAGUUAUGACAUCAUAGAGUCCCCUCUAUACAGGUUCUGAAACUCUGUAGUGCCAUUGCCCUGUUUGUGACUGUCUAGCAAUCAUGCAUUUGUGAUUUCAGCUGCACCCCCUCCCAUAAGAGGGAGGGAGGAAUCUGUGUCUCCUCCCUGCCAGCCCUGUGAGCCACCUCUGAAAUCUGAGGAAGCCAAAACACAGCACACAGGUCAGGCUAGGAAGACCCACAGAUUAAUUCAGGUCCAGAGGAUUUCAAGCAUAUUGGUAAACCUGGAAGCCUUUUAGGAGAGCUAACAGCCCAUCUCCCACCCACCCCGACAGUCCAGGGCCUUCUCACUUGGGCACCCAGUUUAAGUUCCAACGGCCUUCAGUGGGGCAUCCUAAUUUGCCAUCCGUGGGCAUUGGCUGAGCAAGCUGAGAAGUUCCUUUCAUUUUGGACAGGAAGAAACGGAGGCAGAGCCCAGCCAGAGCAGAGAAGGCAGUCAUGUCUCUCUCAGGGGCAAAUGCCUGAGUUUCACCCUCCAUCUCUCCCCCUUCUCCCCCUCCCCACCCCAGGCUAUUGAAUGCAUCACCCAGGGGCGUGAGCUGGAGAGACCCCGGACGUGCCCCUCGGAGGUCUAUGACAUCAUGCAGAGCUGCUGGCAGAGAGAGCCGCAGCAGCGGCAGAGCAUGAAGGACAUCCACAGCCAGCUGCAGACCCUGGUCAAGGCGCCCCCUGUCUACCUGGAUGUCCUCAGCUAA